GUGAUUUUAUCGACCAACAUCGCUGAGACGAGUGUGACUAUAGACGACGUGGUUUUUGUGGUGGACGGCGGCAAGUCCAAAGAGAAGUACUUUGAGCCGGCGAGGAACAUCUCGUCCAUGCGCGUGCAGUGGGCGUCCAAGGCCAGUGUCAAGCAGAGGCAGGGCAGAGCGGGGCGCGUGCGGCCGGGAAAAUGCUUCCGCCUCUUCACUCGCACGGUGUAUGAAGCCAUGGCUCCCAACUCAGUCCCUGAGAUGCAGCGAGUGCCCUCGAAGAAAUCUGCCUGCAGAUCAAACCGCUCCCCCUCGCAGCUGCCGUCACCUCCCAAACCUACUCCUCCACCCCUCCUCCUCUCCCUUCCUCCUCCAUCCCCUCCUCCUCCUCUGUCCAUCGCAGCACAAACAUCGGCCUCUUUCUCGCCAAGGCUCUCUCUCCCCCGGACCCCUUCGCAGUGCGCCACGCAAUCGAGAAUCUCCAGAGGCUAGGAGCUCUGGACGAAGACGAAGAGCUCACAGCCCUUGGAUCGACGCUCAGCCGGCUCGCUGUGCACCCUCGGAUCGGCAAGAUGCUCGUCUACGGCUCCCUCCUGCACUGUCUUUCUCCUCUCCUCUCUGUCGCUGCGGCUGCUUCCCUCUCCCGCGACCCGUUCCUCGCACCGAUCACCAACCGCAAUGCCGCCGAUGCUGCGCGCCGAGCCUUCGCGGCAGGUUCGGCAGCGGGGAGCGACCAUCUAGCGGUGGUGAUGGCCCAUGAGGGGUGGAUGAAGGCGAAUAUGGAAGGCCGGGCGAUGGGAUACUGCGAUGAGAACUUCCUGGCACCUUCCGGCAUGCGCCUGAUGCUGGGUCUGAAAUUGCAGAUUGAGCGAAUGUUAUGGGGGCUGGGCUGGCCCGCUUGGGGGAGUCCCUUGAUGCUGACCUGCCGCCUAAAACGCCUCAGGGGGUUACGUUGGGGCAUGGGAAGGAGUCUGAAAAUGGAAGAGGUAGGGGGUAGGGACGGUCUGGCAGUGGUGGUGGUAGCGAUGGUGCCGGCGGUGCUGGUGCUGGUGCUGGUGCUGGUGCUGGCGCUGGUGGUGGCGUGGUGUUGGCGGUGGCGCAUCUCCGCUUGCUGGUAGGCCUGACAUCCGCCAUGUGACUCGCAUCGAUGCUCGCUCCACCUCGACACAGGUGGUUGAUGCCAGGGGUGCUGGUGGCAGCAGGGACAGCUGGAGGGACAGGGAGGACAGGGGCUCUGAAAGGGACAGGGA